CAGAUAGAAUGGCUUCAACUUCAACUGUAGCUUCUUCGAACCCAAGCAGCUCAAGUGGUGCUUCAAAUUUAGCUUCCAAGUUUGACGUGGAACAGCUGAUCAAAGAUUACGACCCUGAAAUAGGUCUGACCAAAUUCCUAGCCGAUCACGUGCGCCUACCGAUGCGAAACCCGAAGGCAACUUCAAUCACUAACACCACUUCUCCAGCCAAACCGAAGGGCUCAAGUUCAGUUAAGGGGUCAGCAGGGGGGUCAAAUUUGGGAAAGAAACAUCGCUAUUUCCAGCAGCCGGGUCAGCAGCAUAAUAGAGACAGGUGUGACGCGUGUUUGGGAAUCGGUAGUAUCAUCUGCUGUGAUAAUUGUCCCGCUUCCUUCCACCUCAAGUGUUUUGAUCCUCCGAUCGAAGCCGACAGUUUGGGUCAAGUUUGGUUGUGCCGAGAAUGCAGCUCAACUGAAGUGAACGUAAAUUCUGUCCACAUCAAUUUCCCAUACGAUAUUACGCUUUCUUCAGUGGAUGAUGAAGUUACGCCGCCACAGUCGAAGCUGACAAACGUGCAUGGUGUGACUAAUUCGGAUAAUUCCGAGCUGCGAUUGAGAGACAGUGACACUGAAACACUCACAGUUUCCAGUUGCGACUCUGUGAAAUCUGGCAGGAAACGAAGAAGACUGCCAUCUGAAAAGUUGAGCCAGACAUCGCCACCAAAGAAUGCGAAAUCUGUUGACGAGAGUCAACAGAAGAUAAAAUACAUUACUUCAGAUCUGCUAGAGACUCUGAAAGCUCUGAAGGUGCAGUGUCUGCGAGGAAACCCGAAAGAGUUCGCAUUGCCACUUUCAUAUUCUACGCAAGAAGAGUUGGUGGGAUCAAGUUCUUACAACCAACGAAAUCGAGAGCUGACGUUUGACAAGCUGCCCCGGACGGAGACUAAACAGCCGAUCUGUGUGGACGGCGAGGGCUGCGUGCCCACUUCUGCUUCCAUCCGACUCUGCUACCAGUGUGGCAAGAGCUGUGCCCAGUUUCCACUUGUGGCUUGUGACUACUGCCCCGCAGCAUUUCACCUGGAGUGCACUGAGCCUCCUCUGACGUCACUGCCCCAGGGCAGGUGGAUGUGUCCCCUCCAUCCCCACCACUACAACCCCACUCUGCAAACGAGCACCAGUUGGACCCAAAGAGUAGUCUACCACCAACAGUUCUCCAAACCAAUAGAUACAGAACAAGUGAAGAGAAAAUUUUACGAGAACCUAAACAAAAAGUAUCCACCAUGGUUCGACAAAAACGAACCAAAGCGAAGGCCGAAAGAGUUCGAAAUUGACGUGCCUGUAUCUAUUAAAGAAAUGUACAGAACAGCGAAACUGAAAACUGAGCGACCGGAAAUUCUUCAAAAUAGUUCUUCUUAUUCUGAUACAAUAAAUAAUGAAAGUCAGUUCGAGUCUUUACUUCAUGAUGAGAAUAACAAAAAAUUAAUCGACGGUCUUUUAAACCUUAUUGUAAAUCAUUCCGAUUCACGAUGUCCAACUAGUCAUAGAAUGAAGGAAUGCGGAACUUUGAAAAAUUGUAACCUUGAAAAUAAUAACGAUAGUGUCGGAAAUGUUGACGACUCGGAAAUAAUAUCAGCUGUUCAAUCGUUGUCCGAUCACAGUUUAGCACGAGUCAACUCGUCGAUUGCGGCUUUAUUUGACAUUGAAAGGAAGACAAUCUGGCUGAUGGAUAAACCGUGGUUGUGCAUUGGAUCGGACGGUGAUAUAUGCGACGUGGUUUUAAGUACUAGCUUGUGCAAACGGGUAUCACAAAAACAUGCCGUUCUCUUUUUCGAUGCCAAAUCAAGACAGUUUGAAGUACUCAAUUACAGCGAACAUGGCACGAUAGUUGAUGGUGUUCAGCUUGGAUGUGAAAAUCACAGCAAGCCAAAGCAACCCGACAAAAAAUGUCACGCAGCCAAUUCAAUGGAUCCUUCUGCAACUACUGUCGAAUCUGUCAGAUUGUUUAUCACGAAAAGUAGCGAUAGUUCGAAAUAUGCAACCUUGAAAAAAGCACAGCAAUAUAAACGACAGGCGACGAUGCGUACUCAUCAAACAAGCUGCAAUUGCGAAGAAAUUAUUGUCUUCGGGGGAACAAUAGGCUGGGAAGGAUCGGUGCACCUUCAUCAUGGAUCAGUGUUGAGAAUUGGAUGUGUUUCUUUAGUUUUGUCAAUCUUGUGUUGAAUUUUAAUUCGAAAUUCUAAACCCUGA